AUAUUAAUCUUUCCUAAAGAGAGAAACCUUUCCUCCUUCUGACCUUUAUGCUGAUAUUAAUCUUUUUUUCUUAGUUAUAGUUAUCAAUAGAAGUUUUCUCCUACUGCAGACUUUGGUCUUUAUCAGAUGGCACAUAAUGACAUUUAUGAUAUGCUAGAUCACCUAAGAAUGAUCAAGUGUGGAGGUGAUCUGAAUAGAGUCAAGAUUGAUCAAAUUGUUACACUUGAAACGGAGCUAAGAUUUUUUCGAACUUUCCUCAAAUACCAUCAUGUUCUUUCGCAUGAUUCCUUAGUCAAAAUCACAAAGAAGGCCCAAUUGAUUGUGGAGAUGCUUCAAUCAGUUUUUGAUGGUAACAUAGAUGAAUGUAAAACUAAUCUUAAUGUGGAAAGGCUAGUAUCACAUUUGUUUGAAUUCAAGGAAGAUAAUACCAGUCCAAGGUCCAAUUAUGAGCUGGAUCAUUCCUAUCUGUCAGAAUAUAUGGAUUACCUCGACAAGAAUCUAAAUGAUGCGGGGAGGUAUCUAGUCAAGUCUGACCCUUUUUUGAGGAAAGGAAUAAAAAUCCUUCAUAAGACAGAUCGGUUUUUAAAGCAAGUGAAAAUCAUUCAAAACAAAAUGAGAUUUUUGAGAUAUUUAUAUGCCAAGGAGAUAAAUAGUUACAUCGACCAUGAGAAGCUGGAAGGUCUGGAGACUCGAAUUCAGUUCAUGGCUGACAAUGUGGGGCAGCUCUGUCUUGCUCUUUGGCUUAAUGAGGAUGGAGAUGAUACGACUCAUAUCGAGGGUAUGCCUCCUUAUCUAUUAUCCUUGGUUGUGCUAGUCGAGCUGGAAAUGAAGAAGAUUUUUCUCUGUGAACUGAAGGCUUCAAAGUUUAGUCAAUCAAGAAAUUUCAAGGACAAGAAAUUACCAAAAGGAUUUUCACAUCAUCUCUACAAUUUGCUAGUGUGUCUCAGAAAACAAAAGUUUAAGAACUUCCAUUCUAAUGUCUCUGCUCGAAAUAUUGAUGUGGCAAUAGAGUUCUUGUUGAUUUUUCUUGGUGAUGUUCCAAAUCAUGUUAUUAAUGGUAAGAGGUUGAAUGAGGUAUUGAAAAAGGUUGGAGCUCUUGUUGGUGAUACAGUUUUUGUAAUUCAAAAUUUGCUUGCGACCUCUACAAUAAAAGAUAGAAUUAGAAAAAUUAAUCUUCGAUUGAUACAGAUACUAGAGGAAGUUGAAAAUUUGAAGGCAAAAGUGGAGGAGAUGUACUAUAUAUCAUUAGAAUUCACUCCAUCUCAGUUUCCCACAGUUGGUGGAUUGAGCUUUCUAGAUUCUCUCCUAAGAAAAUUGAAUGAGAUGUUGAAAUCUGAAGUAGGUUCAAAUUUCACGUUGAAGCCUCACAUUGGUAUUUUAGAGAAAGAGCUCUCGUCUCUAACGUCCAUUUUCAGAGAUGUUGCAAAGGUGCAGCAUGAACAUGAAAUUCUUAAAGACAUUCAGAGGCGUACUAUCAAUUUGGCAUAUGAAGCUGAAGUUGCCAUUGACUCUAUUCUUGCUCAGUAUAAGGCUCAUUGGCAUAUUUUUUUCUCACUUCCCACAAUCUUAAAACAGAUCAAGUAUAUUAGUGCAGAUGUGAGCAAGAUUUGGUCGGAGAACAUAUCUCGUAAGCACAGCUUUGCAGUGGAGCCAUCUAACCAUACGCCAUCUCAACAUAGCAAUCUUGCGGAUGAUGAGGAGAUAGUGGGUUUUGAGAAUGAAGCUGAAAGAAUAAUUCAAUAUCUGAUUCAAGGUACAAAUGAGCUAGAUGUCAUCCCAAUUAUAGGCAUGGGGGGACAAGGGAAGACAACUAUUGCUAGAAUGGUGUAUAAUAAAGACAUCAUUGUUUCUCACUUUGAUGGUCUAGCAUGGUGUGUCAUUUCUCAAACAUAUAACCGGAGAGAGCUAUUACAAGUGCUUGUCAGUCAAGUUAUCGAUUACAAUGAUACGGGAGAUAUGGAUGAUGUCCUUGCCGCCAUGUUGAGGAAAAGCUUAAUAGGAAAGAGAUAUCUCAUUGUCUUGGAUGAUAUGUGGGAUGUUAAAGCAUGGGAUGAUUUCAGAUUAUCUUUCCCAAAUGAUAAAAACAGAAGUCGAAUAAUUGUAACAACACGACUUGAGGAAGUGGGUAGGCAAGUCAAGCACCAUACUGAUCCUUAUUCUCUUCCAUUCCUCCCAUUAGAUGAGAGUUGCAAAUUGUUGCAGAAAAGAGUGUUUCAAAAUGAAGGUUGCCCGCCUGAACUACAAGAUGCGAGUCUAGCAGUUGCAGAAAGAUGCAAAGGACUGCCUAUAGUGGUAAUCUUAGUAGCUGGAAUAAUAAAAAAUAAGAAAAUGGAAGAAGCUUGGUGGCAUGAGGUUAAAAGUGCUAUGUUUUCAUAUGUUGGUGAAUUUGAAGAAUAUAGUCAUGCGACUAUGCAUCUAAGUUAUGAUAACUUACCCGAUUAUUUAAGACCUUGCCUUCUAUACAUGGGGAUGUUUCCAGAGGACACAAGAAUUCCAGUGUCUAAAUUGAUAAGUUUAUGGAUCGCGGAAGGCUUCGUGCAGGACAUUGAAUCUGGGAGAUCGGUGGAAGAGGCAGCCGAAGGUUACUUGAUGGAGCUCAUUAGCAGUAACAUGGUAAUGGUUUCAAGGAGAAGAUAUAACGGUAAAGUCAAAUACUGCCACGUUCAUGACGUAGUGCUUCACUUUUGCUUGAAGAAGAGUAGAGAAGAAAAGUUUAUGCUAACGGUGAAGGGGCAUCCUAGCCAAUUUCAACUUUUGGAUUGGAAGGAAAAUCGACUGAGAUUUGACAUCACUGAUGAGCUUUCCGAGAUUGCAUUGCUGGGCUCCAAAACACAAAAUCCCUUCCAUAAACAUUUGAGGUCACUGAUAACAACCUAUGGAACCUAUGUAGGAAUAUUUUUAGAUUGGAAUCCCUUCCCUCAUAUUAGUAAAUUCAGACUUCUUAAGGUCUUGGAUUUGAGUUACAAUAGAGUGGAUCGUUUGUCGUCAUCUACAUUACAUCCAUUAAUUCACCUGAAGUACCUCGCAGUUUCCACAUUUGAUUUUGAUUUCCAUCCAGAAUCACAUCUGCGCCAUCUAGAAACUAUUAUAGUGAAGGGAAGUGGUCGUGUAUUGUUACCAGCAAUUUUUUGGAAGAUGGAAAAAUUAAGGCAUAUUGAGUGUUAUACUUGUUUCGAUUUGGAAAAUAAUAAGCAAUGGAUCUUUGAAGAAUCCUCAAAAUUGGAAAAUUUGAAGACAUUAAGGAAGGUUGAAUUUCCAAUUGAUGAUGCUGAUUGCAUGGAGGUUUUAUUACGAAGGUGUCCUAAUCUUCAAGAACUUGAGAUCAGUAUUUAUAGCAAUGAAUGGUAUUCUGCAGAGAUUUGUACUUCCAUUCCCAAAUUGGAGACUCUUACACAGCUUCAAUUGCUUUACCUUUGCUUUCGUGGCAGCAAUAUUAUUGUAUCCGAGCUACAUUUGCCUUCAAAUCUUAAAAAGUUGGUGCUUUAUGGGCCUCAUAUAGUAAGCACGGCUUCCUUGAUUGCGGGACUACCAAGUCUGGAGUAUCUUGAAUUAAUGGAUUGGAGACGUGAGUCGGAAGAGUGGUGCCUCGGAGAUAUCACGUUUGAUAAACUUAAGUUCUUGAAACUGGUGGACUUAGGUAUCAAAAGGUGGAAAGCCACAGAUGCAUCUUUUCCCCAGCUUGAAACACUUGUUUUAAAAGGGUGUCACAACCUCAAGAAGAUCCCCCCACCCUUCGCCGAUAUUCAAACACUAAAACAGAUUAAGCUGAUUAGGUGCGAGAAUCUGGAGGCUUCAGCUUCGGAAAUUAAGGAACAAGUCAAAAAUAUUCAAGGAAGCGACCUUGUUAACCUCAUCAUUAUCAAAGAUCGGUGGGGAUAUCUCCGGACGCUGUUUUGUCACAAUAACAUGGCAACUGCAGCAAGAGCAGAGGCAGAUUGGAUGGAUGUCUCAUUGUCUUUCUUGGAAACUUUUUGAAGCCAUGAUCAUUAUGCAGCUGGCGGAAACACCCAUCCUCUUAUAUUGUGACACUACUACUGAUUGCUAAGGUUUUUUUCCCAUUUAUUGAUAAUACGCUAAAUCAAGGUAAUUUAGCGAUUGUUUAUGCACCCGCUUGAUUAUAUUCCAAUAUCAUAAUAUGGUUAAUUGAUGAAAAGUAGGCUAUAAUUGUGAAUUAUAUACAUUGCAGGAUGAGGAGCUUAUGUGACGCUCAAGAGGCUAUUGGUACGAUAUAUGAGAAAGAACGACCCCUCGGAGCUGAGUGUGCGCAAGGACGAGACAAAGAAUUGAAGAAAUACUGGCCCAGUAGCGCGAGCUCAUGCGCGAAGUUAGAGCGAAGUCGCGCUAGUCUAGAAGCUGGAGGCAGAAUGUCAGGGGACAUGUGCGAGCUCGCACAAGCAUUCGCGCUAGUCCCGGUCCGGAAAAGACCUGUUAAGGCCAAAAUUGGAAAUCUGAAAAAAAAAACCCACUUAACCUAUAUAAAGUCAAUCUCGCCCAAGGUUAAAUUAUCAAGGCUUUCAUAGUCUAGUGCAAGAAAUAGAAAGGCAAGAGGCAAGGAGGAGAUUUGACAUCAAGUUCUUCUUUUCUUCUCUUUGUUUUUGCUAUUUGUGAUGAAAUUGAACCAAUUUGUGAUGAACACUAGUACGAGUGGCUAAAACCCAUUGUUCUAGGGUCAUGGGUGAAACAUGAAUGUUGUUGUUUGAAGUUUAAUUUGACA